AUGUUCAAGAAGAAACCGACGGUAAAGCCUUUGGCGCCUUUACGCUCCUCAGACCGCCGCAAGACAGCAGACAGCAUAAUCGCCGAGUACGGUCUGCAGCCGAAAGCCCAGGACGACACCAAGGUCGAGGAUAAAGCUGCCGCCACUGCAGACACGACUGCUCUGAGAAACGCUCUGCUGCCCGAUGGCGUACAAACAGCAAGAUUUACGACCACCCAUGGACCUGACUUGAAGCAAGUCUCUGGCACCGUGUACGUUGGAGCAUACCCCGGAGAUGACGCCCGAGUGCUUUGGUUCAAGAUUGAGGAUCGUAUGUAUCCCACAGUAUACACGCUAUGGAAGCAGCCUGGCAUUGUGCCUCUUCUACACACACCCGGCUUUGUCGUCCAGAAAUUACAAGGCGGUGCAGAUCUCAUGACUCCUGGUCUGGCCAACGGCCCUCCGUUCAACUCCAGGGCUAUCAAGGGUGCUGUCGUUGCGAUCGCCAGUCUGGAACAGCCUUCGGUACCUGUCGCAGUCGGCGCUUGUCUGAUCGAUGUCAGCGCACUGGGUGCGGUCCAGGGCUCUCGCGGACACGCUGUGCAGACCAUGCAUUGGGCAGGUGACGAGAUCUGGGCCUACAGCAAUUCCAACAAGCCUGGUCUCGCCACUCCGGAAUCGCUCGAUGGUUGGCUUGCAAACAAGGACGAUGAGGAAACGCUUGCCGAACAAGCUGCCGACUUGAACAUGGACGAGGAGGAGGAGGAGCAAGGUGGCGUAGAUCUGGGUACGGACAAACCUUCUUCUGAUCGAUCGGACCCGACCGAGGGCCUGGGUGAGGAUACUCCUACAAGCAACGGUCUCGUGGAAGAAGUUGAUAUCAAAGAGCUGACCACCAAGGAAAUCGACGAUGCCUUCCGCAAAGCUUUCCUCUACGGUGCUUACCACUACAAGGAAACCAACAGCAAUCAGCCGAACUUUGGUCUCGAAUACCCUCUGACUCAGUCCUUCGUCAUGUCGAACCUCGUCCAACCUUUCCUCCCUGCCCACACACCAGCACAAGCAAAUUCACUACAAAUCAAGAAGUCGAGCUACAAGAACAUCAAGAAGUUCAUCAAGUCAUUAGACAAGGCCAAGAUUGUCAGGACGAAAGAGAGGGAUCAGCACGAGACUAUCAUUCUUGACAUAGACUUUAGCGAUGCUGCCAUUGUUGGCUUCAAGCCCUACCGUCUACCCAAGAAGGAGGCUGCUGCCGGAACAAGCCAGGGUCGCGGCGGGAAGGCAACAGCAGAAGUCGACACAGGUGACGAAUCGAUCGGUCAGAAGCUGGACAAGCAACAAUACUACAAGUUGAAGGAUAGGCUUCUUCCUCUAUUCGCAUCUGCGGAAGCAUCAUCUCAGUCCCUGUUCACAGCCGCAGAGAUCAAACCUAUCAUAACAGCUUACAUCGAGUCUGAGAAUUUGGCGAACCAAAGAAACAAGCGUCUGAUUACACUCAAUCCGACACUCGCGAAUGCGGUCUUUGACGGCAGCACUCCCCUCGACAAGGAAGUCCUGGCAAAAGGCUCCGUCCCAAGAGAUGCCUUGACCGAGCGCAUUCUUCAAGCUUGCACACCACACUACGCGAUCGUUCGCAAUUCUUCACCAAGCACAAAACCAAAAUCAGGUGCAGCACCAAAGAUCAAAGUCACACUUGAAACACGAUCAGGAAAUAAGACGGUCACGAAAGUCUCGGGUGUGGAAGCUUAUUUCAUUCCUCCCCAACCAUUGGCGGAUGAGCUGAGGAAGAUGUGUGCUGGCAGUAGCAGUGUAGAACAGUUGCAUGGAAGUAGUCCAAAGGCACCUGUUAUGGAGAUUAUGAUUCAAGGUCCACAAAAGGAUGCUGUAAUGAAGGCGUUGGAGAAGCGAGGUGUCAGACCUGCAUGGGUGGAAUUCCUUGACAAGACGAAGGGAAAGAAGAAGUAG